AUAAUGACAUUUGGCAUGCAGCAAGGUGGAAGUAGUCAAAGUGGUAGGCAAUGAGAAAAAGCAGUGCAACAAGAGACUCAUCUUCAUCAGUAACCUCAUCAACAAACAGCAGCAGCAAUCACAGAGCUUCUGAUUCCCCUGCAUUAUUAGCAAGAUCAAUCUGCUCAUCCUCCUCUACCGCGAUGCGACCCUCGUCGAAUCUCCACACUGAUCUCAGCCUUGGCCUUGGCAUUUCCACCACCACCACCUCCAACUUCUCUCCAGGGUACUGUGAGAAUGAUACUAGUGGUGAUAAUAGUUUGUUUGUGAAGGUCAAUAUGGAAGGCAGCAAAAUUGGUAGAAAAAUCGAUGUGUUAGCUCUUCAUGGUUAUCCACACUUGAUCGAUACCUUACAACAUAUGUUCAACACUCCCAAUAUUCUCUGGGCUGAAGGGGAACAAGAUUCUCAUAAUCAGAGAUAUUGCAGCAGUCAUGUGUUAACAUACGAAGAUCGAGAUGGAGACUGGAUGAUGGUCGGGGAUGUUCCUUGGGAGUUGUUCUUGACAACGGUGAAGAGACUGAAGAUUACAAGCACAUAAACAGCUGAUACAUCAGGCUCAUACUUGUCUACAUAUCACAUCUUUCUACUAUGAAUAGUUGUGCCUUGAGUUUGUUCGUACUCUCUGUUCUAAUACAAGAGUCAUUUUCCGAGCAGCUUUCUUAACUCUGUUUUUAAUCUUUGAUGCUACAUAUUUUUGCAUAUUUUCAAAUUGUUUCACCAGGUAUUUAAAAUAAU